AUGCUUUUUGCCUGGUUUGUCAUUUUUCUUGUGCUUUUCCCCUCGCUUCAUUGGUGUAUGUAUGUUCCUGCACAUAGUGUGCUUUUCCCCUUCAGAACUCAGGUCAGAGAACUUCUGCUCUAUACAGACGACAUAAGUCAAGAACUAUUCCUUGAAAUUAAUGCUGACGGCUCGGUCAGCGGGUCUUCGGUUCAGAGCCCCAACUGUGUGUUGGAACUGCGCUCGGUGAAAGCGGGUGAGACAGUUAUCAAAGGUGUGGCUACAUCUCUUUUCCUCUGUAUGGACAGUGAAGGCAAAUUGAGAGGACAGAGAGGUUUUGCUGAAAAAGACUGUGUCUUUCAGGAAUUGAUACUGGAAGAUGGAUAUACUUGUUUCCGGUCUCCACACAAUGGACUUUCUGUGUCACUGCCUUCAAAGCAGCCUAGGCAGAAACAUGGCCCUUCACUUUCUCGGUUCCUCCCCAUUAUGAAUAAACAAGAGGACAGCCAGAUACAGGAUGUGAAACAGUACUUUCAAGAUGUAAACCUAGACUCUGGCGACCCACUUGGAAUGGGACAUCAGUUACACAUCCAGAGCAUUUACAGCCCAAGUUUGCAUUCUAAGAAAUGA